AUGUCUGCAUCUGGGAGUGGUCGUGCACGUAAUGUUUUUGAUGCUCUACUGACAUUUGUGAAAGUUGAGAAAGAUGAUCCAGUUACAUCAUGUCGCCAGGUGACUUCAGAUGACAAUAGUCAUCCACUCUUGAUCAAACCGGAACCUUUUGAUUCAUUGGAAGCCAACGCACAGUAUAAUAUCGACUCGUGUCACAACAGUACUCGAACAACUAGUUUUACAGCUACUCAUGACGGUGGCCAUGUGAACAACUUUGUAAACCAAGUGUCAGUCAUUCGUGAGAACACUUUCCUAGUUGACACUGUCUCCAGCUGUCAGUCGACCAACAAUUCAGAUGGUUUGCAGUCAUCAUUCACUUCCACUGUGACUGGCACAAGUACGUCUUCCGAUUCAAUCAGUUCAGUACAUGAUAAGAUUUCAAGCCACCCUUGUUCUUCCGCGGCUCAAGUGGCUAGUUCCAGCGUUACUUCGGUAACACCGCUUACUGCUUCAUCAAGCAGAGAAAAUGUCUUUUCGGGAUCUAUAUCAUCUGGGAAUGAUGUGAAUAAUUUGUUUUCUCUUCCUCUUCGAUUGUCACCUGGUUUUGUUGGUGAUUCGAAAAUUGAAACUCCUGUGAUACGUGAAUAUAUCAACCAGAAGUGUAACAGACUACGAUAUCCUCUUCAGUUGGCUUGGGAAAUGUCGAAAUUGUAUUCACCAUCGAAGUUGCCUGUGAUAUCGACAGACAAGUCUUCUAUUUCGUGUGGUCAGUAUAAAAGUUCAUUCUGCAACACUCAACAACGGGACCGUGGGUACUUGGAAAUAGAUGAUAGUCAUUUCAUCAAUGUUAAUUCUUCCAGUUUACCUGCCAAAACCAGUACUGUAAUGGUGCAUAACACAAGUCAACCUCGUACGAAAGCUCAAAUGCGUGAAGUAAGCACGAUAAACGAGACAAUGGAGACAAAUCAGAGAAGAUUACAUCGGAAAAUUGUAACAAUGAGUGUAGACAAUCAGAAGACUGCUUAUCGCACAUUGGAAAUACGGAGGUAUCACCUUUUCGGGUGGUAG